CUGCUCCAUUUACUGGAGCUUUAAUCGGUUUGCACCGGAAAGAGGGAGAGCGAAAGAGAGAGACAGGCAGGCGUGUUCCGGUCACGGAUUCGCCCCCCCUCCCCUCUCUACCUACAGACGUCGCUUAACCUCCACCGCCGCCGUCGUCGCCGCUGCCGUGACUCUCCGGUCUCUCCUGUCUGUCGCUAUCUGGGCGUCAGUGUUGUCAGUCGGGUGUGUUUGGAUCUCCACCGGACGGGAGGAUGAUCUGAUCUGCAAACCUCAGUUGGGAGCGAGGCGACGUUCAGGACGUGACCGGACCGGAGAGGGGCGGCAGUCCCGCCGGUCAGAGGAGCCCCAUACCGGGACAGAACCUAGAGAGGCUCCGCAGAUCGGUGGCGUUUUCAUCAUGAUGUUGCCAGUCUCAAGGUUUAAAGGUCCACCAGUUGGCAUGGUAACCAACGCAACACCAUGGUUGUCUGUCAGCAACGACCCCGCCCCCCACUGGCUCUGGUUGGCAAGCUGGUCAGCUGCAACAUACCAGGCCACACCUCCACUGGUCUUCUACCCUCCAGCUGUGUGGAUACCUGAACAUACACACCUGAUCCAGUGGGAACGUCCAGCUGCUGAAGUCAUUCCCCUCCUCCCUCCGUUCUAUAGCUCCUCACCUCUUCAUCCUCCUCAUCCUCUCCCAAAGCUAGCUGAAAGCUGGAUCUCACCAGAGGAAGUGGGUGUGUUCCAAAGAAGAGACAAACCCCUCCUCCUGACAAAUCAGAUCAUCCAGAGGUCAGGAGGGCACACACCCCCGACCUGCCUGCUGUUGUCUCCCUCUCAGUUCUCAGGUCGUGUUAGAAGAGUCACAAAGACCAGAGACAGCAAGCCAGAAGACUUCUCCUCUUCCCUCUCAUCUUCAUCCUCUUUUUCCUCCCUACCACUGCACCUCAACUCUGUAUCUCCUCUCCACCUACCUCAACGCACUUCCUCCUUUCCAACAGUAGGUGGAGCUUAUGUGGAGUGGGCUGGACUUCAAAUACAGAGAGUAAAGGAGGUGUGGCCUCUUCUUUUGACCAAACAGCAGCGCGGAGGAACCUGGUUACAACCAAUUAUGAGACUAAAUAGAAGACUGUCUGCACCCAAACAGCAGUGUGUAUUUGGGCCUGUCUCUGCCACUCAGCUCUGCAUUGACAGGUGGCCUGUCUUACCUGUUCAGGUGAUAAAGGAAGCUCCUCCUGCAUUCUUCUCCUCACAGUUAACUUCCAGAUUCACUCUGCUAACUGACUACAGACACAAGAAACAAGGGAUGAGUGGAGGUAAAGUUUCUUAUGGAGGAGCAUUACUGCUAAGGACAGAGAGACUGACAGACGACAACAAGCAGUGUGUUGGUGUGUCUGUGGACAGAGGACAGGAGGAGGAUAAAGGAGGCAACGAUGGGAGAAAAGAUAAACGUCCUGUGGCCUCUGCUCCUGUCCCAGGGUCGCCAUGGUGUGUUGUGUGGACUGGAGACGACAGGGUCUUCUUCUUCAAUCCCACAAUCCACCUGUCUGUCUGGGAGAUACCAGGAGAGCUGAUUGGCCGAGACAUCAGCCACAUCAUCAAGGACCCACCCCACAAAAGGAAGAGGACGACACCUGAAGAAAGCAGCACCGGCUGCCAAUCACCUGGUUGCCAUGGAAACAAUGAAGUUGAUGAGCAUGACCACAGUUUCAAAAGGAACAGAAUAGAGGAACCAGUGUCUCUUGUCCAUCGUCCGGGUGAAGUUAAGCUCCUACCACUAGAGCUGCGUGUAGCUCAUUUUAGGGAAAUGAUGCUCGAGAGAGGGGUGUCGGCAUUCUCCACCUGGGAGAAGGAGCUCCAUAAGAUGGUGUUUGAUCCUCGAUACCUGCUGCUGACUUCAGACCAGAGGAAACAGGUGUUUGAUCAGUUUGUGAAGAGCAGGGUGAAGGACGAGUACAAAGAGAAGAGGAGUAAACUGCAGAAAGCCAGAGAGGAGUUCAAACAGCUGCUGGAGGAGGCAAAGAUCACCAGCAGAUCCACCUUUAAGGACUUUUGUGCUCAUUACCAUGGUGACCCGCGGUUCAUUGCUGUCAAUAGGAAGAAGGAACAGGAAGUUCUCUUUCACCAUUACAUCACUUCCUUAAAGAAACGAGACAAGGAGAACAGAGUCAAACUUAGGAAGAUGAGAUGAGUCUGAAAACAUCCCAGAAGCAUCAAAGCCUUUGUAGAACUCAUCCAGGACCUUCCCAAACCUUCCAGAACCUCCAAGAAUGCCUUCCUGGACUGUGUGCUCCACCACACUGAGCAGAUCUUGGUUCUCACUGAUUAAUCCUGGUUUCAAGCAACUGGACCACAACCACACAGUCCAGAUGGAACCAGUGAGACCAAACUGGGACCAGAGUUUCUGUGUGGUUCUGACGUGUUGUUUGUGGUUUUAUAACUUUUUUCAGAACAGACUGUGGUGGACUGAUGUCAUCUGGCCCUGAUGAACUGGACUUUAAAAAGAAUCAGCACAACAAAAGAUAUCUGUCUGUCUGUCUGUCUGUCUGUCUGUCUGUCUGUCCGGUGUUUCUUGACCCAUCAGUCAAUCAAUCAAUCACAGUGUAUUUGUAGAGCACCUUUCAGACAGAGCAGUGAUAAGAUGAACCAGUUAAAAGUUCUAUGUUAUCAUAAUGCCACUGUAUACCAACAAAAUGUUGUGAUGUAAGCCUCGCCCCUCACUUGUUAGUGCUGCGGUGAGCUGUGAUUGGACAGAUUUUCCUGUCCCAUAGUUCUAAUUGGAUGUUUUUAUGUCCUCAUUGAAAAGUGUCUGUGUGUUGAAAUUACCUUUGUGUUUAGAUUUCAUUCAUUUCAUUGGCUGUUCAUGAUGCGUUUUAAAUUAAACGGUUCCUCAAACAAACCUGUUGUUGUUAUUGUUGUCAUGUUGUUAUGUUAUAACAU